AAGCAUUUUAUCAAAUAUCGAAAAACAGCCUCUUUCCAAAAUGUCUACCGAACAAACCUACAUCAUGGUCAAGCCCGACGGUGUCCAGCGAGGACUCGUUGGUGACAUCAUCUCUCGAUUCGAGAAGAGGGGUUACAAGCUCGUCGGCUUGAAGAUGGCCACCCCCGGCAAGGACCACCUCGAGAAGCACUACGCCGACCUCUCGUCCAAGGCCUUCUUCCCCGGUCUCAUCAGCUACAUGAACUCGGGCCCCGUCGUCGGUAUGGUCUGGGAGGGACGUGACGCCGUCAAGACCGGCCGAGUCAUGCUCGGUGCCACCGACCCCCUCAAGUCGGACCCCGGUUCGAUCCGAGGCGCCUACGCCUUGGAGGUCGGUAGGAACGUCUGCCACGGUUCCGACACUGUCGAGAACGCUCAAAAGGAGAUCAAGCUCUGGUUCCCCGAGGGUCUCAACUCGUGGACCUCGGCCGCCUACAACUGGGUCUACGAGAAGUAGACGUGCGUUCCGUUCAGGAAAACACGGGUUACACAGUUGUUUGGUAGCGUAGCUUUGUGUUGUUGAUGAUGUUGUCACUUCGACCUUGAAGAGGCUAUGCGUUGAUGACAUGGUUGCUACUCUCUGCU